CGGUGUCUGCUGUCUUCUGCAUUUGUUUCUGCUGCUUGUGCCUUCCCACCGUCUUCUGUCAUCACAGGAAACCCUUGAAGUUUCUCAGUGGACUCCUCGAGGGCUGGCCCAUGGCACUCUAAGCCAGCUCUCCAAGGUCUCUACCAUGAGGCACUGCAUCAAUUGCUGCAUACAGCUGUUCCCCGAAGACACACACAAACAGCAAGUUGCCUGCCAAGGAGGCCCCCAUCAUAGUCACCAGGCGUGCCCCACUUGCAAGGGAGAAAACAAAAUUCUGUUUCGUGUGGACAGUAAGCAGAUGAACUUGCUUGCUGUUCUCAAAGUGAGGACCGAGAGCAAUGAGAACUGGGGUUGGUUUUUGCGCUUCAGGAAGGGGAAGCAAUGUAGCCUGAUCUUUGGAUUGAUAAUAAUGACCUUGGUGAUGGCUUCUUACAUCCUUUCUGGGGCUCAUCAAGAGCUUUUGAUUUCAUCCCCUUUCCAUUAUGGGGGCUUUCCCAGCAACCCCAGCUUGAUGGACAGCGAGAACCCAGGUGAUGUGAAAGAGCAUCACUACCAGCCUUCUGUAAAUAAUAUCUCCUAUGUGAAGGACUAUCCAAGCAUUAAGCUAAUUAUCGACAGCAUCGCUGCCAGGAUUGAGUUUACGAACAGGCAGCUCCCAGACUUACAAGAUCUCAAGAGACAAGAGUUGCACAUGUUUUCCGUAAUCCCCAGUAAAUUCCUUCCGAACAGCAAGAGCCCCUGUUGGUAUGAGGAGUUCUCCGGCAGGAACAACACUGACCCCUACCUGACCAAUUCCUAUGUGCUGUACUCCAAGCGGUUCCGCUCCACCUUCGACGCUCUGCGAAAGGCCUUCUGGGGCCACCUGUCUCACGUGCGUGGCAAGCACUUCCGCCUGCGCUGCCUGCCGUACUUCUACAUCAUCGGGCAGCCCAAGUGCGGGACUACUGACCUCUAUGACCGCCUUCGCCUGCAUCCAGAAGUGAAAUUCUCAGCCAUCAAGGAGCCCCACUGGUGGACCCGGAAGCGCUUCGGAAUCGUCCGCCUGAGGGAUGGACUACGAGACCGCUACCCUGUGGAAGAUUACCUGGACCUCUUUGACUUGGCUGCACACCAGAUCCAUCAAGGACUGCAGGCUGCCUCUGCAGAGCAGCCGAGCAAGAUGAAUAAAAUCAUUAUUGGAGAGGCCAGCGCCUCUACCAUGUGGGACAACAAUGCCUGGACCUUCUUCUAUGACAACAGCACAGAUGGCGAGCCACCGUUCCUGACCCAAGACUUCAUCCAUGCCUUUCAGCCUGAAGCCAAGCUCAUUGUCAUGCUCAGGGACCCCGUGGAGAGGCUGUACUCAGACUAUCUCUACUUUGCGAGUUCAAAUAAGUCUGCAGAUGACUUCCACGAAAAAGUGACGGAGGCCCUGCAGCUGUUUGAAAAUUGCAUGCUGGAUUAUUCACUGCGCGCCUGCGUCUACAACAACACCCUGAACAACGCCAUGCCGGUGAGGCUCCAGGUCGGGCUGUAUGCUGUGUACCUUCUGGACUGGCUCACCGUCUUUACUAAGGAACAGUUCCUCAUUCUGCGUCUGGAAGACCAUGCAUCCAAUGUCAAGUAUACGAUGCAUAGAGUCUUCCAGUUUCUGAACCUGGGACCUCUAAGUGAGAAACAAGAAGCUUUGAUGACCAAGAGCCCUGCAUCCAACACCCGGCGUCCUGAAGAUCGCAGCUUGGGGCCCAUGUGGCCAGUCACCCAGAGGAUUCUGCGGGACUUCUAUGGGCCUUUCAACACUCGGCUGGCACAGGUCUUGGAUGAUGAAGCAUUUGCCUGGAAGACAACGUGAGGGCUGAGUCCCUUCUGCAGGAGCUGGGCCCACCGACUCUGUCUUGCAGCAACUUUGAAAGUCCACCCACAGUGUGGAGAAAACUGCUGGAGCCCCACCCUGUCUUACUCUCCCAAGGCACCUGUUAGUCGGAACUAUUCUUGAACAUUUUCUUGCCAUGUUCAGCAGCUCUGCUCUUGAUUGCUGGACUCUUCCACCUGAAGCCUUGGAAAGUAUACUGGGGCUAGGCUUCUGUCUGUUCCCAGAGUGUCUUGGAGCUCAGGAGGACAGGCUGGCACCUGGUAGGAAGAGAAUGCUAUGGUAGGCCAUAGACCAGGCCUGCCCUCCUUCCGCCAGGGGAGUUUGUCUGGGUUAGGGUUGGACAGCUCUGGGAUCCGAUCAAGCCCACUGAAGGCCAUGCUCACUGAAGGCCAUGCCUGGGGCUCACCAGAACCACCCUUCAUGUGUUAUUUCCCAAUGCACCCUGCAUAAAUCGCUAACCCCAUGUGGACAGGAAAAGGAGCCGCUUGGAGAAUGGAGACUCUUUCAGUUCUGUUCAUAUCCCCAAGUCAGUCCUUCAGCAACAUCAAAAAUAAGCCCUGCUCCCUCUGCUGUGCUCAGAAGAAAACACAAAGUCAGCUUUGGCAACAGGCUCAUCUCUCUGACCUCCUGUUCUGCCCCAGUAGACUUUACUUAUGCCCAACAUAGAAAAGGAGCACUUUAAAACAAACUGCUUCUUGCGUUUGACUGGCCCUGCCCCUCUUUUCUGCUCCUUUGGAUGUUUUCUCAAGGAAUUCAGUUUAUAUUUGGAAAGAGAAGUUUUGCUGUUGUUGCCAGAACAGAGCAACCUCAUGGCAAAGAACAGUUGGCGGAAAAGGAAGUGAAGCCCUCACCAUGUGUGUGGGGGGGGUCACCAGAGAGUGCGGGGGCUGCUUCUGGUUCUGGCUGGUUAUAGGCUCCCUCCCCCAUCUUCCUGUUGGAAGAAUCUUUUAUCCAAAUUCUCUGUCAUGUACGGCCAAAGUUCCGUAACUCACUAAGGGUCUCAAGACACCCAUAUCCUCAGAAACACGUCUCACAGACUAAGCUUGGGCUGCAUGUGGCGUGGUGAUUAGGAGAUAGCUUUGCUCUAUGGACCCUUCCAGGCCCUUCAGCAGGUUGGUUUGCAAUGGGAUACGCUAAGGUCAUGUCAUUUCUUAGAAGGCCCCAGGGAAUUCCCGAGAGAGAGAGAGAGAGAGAGAGAGAGAGAGAGAGAGAGAGAGAGAUUGAGAGAGAGAUUGAGAGAGAUUGAGAAACCAGCUUAAUCCCAUUUGACACACAGGACCAGGUGGGAAUGUCACAAAGCUUUGCACCGAGCGUUGCCAAGGGCUGCUGCCUGUGAGGCUGUGUUCUCAGGCCAGGAUCCUGUCCACCAGCGUCAGGAAGUGUACACACUAUAUCCCCGACUUGUCACUUGGAUGUGUGAGAAAAGCUGGGUUCUGGUGGCAGGAGGAUGUGUGAGUCGUUCUGCUGUCCACCUGGUUGGAGAUGGGACUCUCAGCUCAUCGGAAGGCUCAGAGAGAACGCCGGACAUCAGCAUGGACCGGGCCAGUUCUGCUUGUGAAGCGGGCCGUGUGUCUCGAAGCCUGCAUUCCAGGACAAUUCCCCCUUCUCUCACAGCCACCACUUGGCUCAGCAACCCGUGGGGAAAUCUGGCCUGAGUACAACGAUGCUUUGGGAAGAAAUGAUGACUUCAGAGUGAGAGCAAGAGUGAGAGCAGGCGAGCAAGAGAGAGAGAGAGGUGUGAGAGCAAGCGAGAGAGUAUUUAUUUCAGAUAGAGUGUGUGCGUGUGUGCGUUCUUGUGUGGGGGUGCUUAUACUGAGUGGGUUCCCCUCAGCUAUCUUGCUGAUGAGGCUUCUCCCUCCAUUAGAGACACGAUGCCUUUAUGGAUUAAUUUCUUCACCAGUUAGCCUGUCAUUUCCGGGACAUAUCUCACCACCCCCCACACCAACCACGAUUAUAAGAUUUUUCUUGCUCACUCCUUUGCAUGUGAAUAACAUGUAGCGUAAUUAUGCUUCUUACAGAAGUAUUGCCAAAGGUAUUAUUUCCAAUAUUAUUUGGUUCAUUGCUGAUCUUUUUCUACAUGCAGCCCCUCCCUUUCUGCCAUCAGAGGCUGUCCAGACCCAGUUUUCUUUCUAUUGGUCUCUCCCCAGCGGUCACCAUCAUUGCCUCUGCUUUUGCUCUGUUGAAGGCUCCUUUUGUUGAGAGCACAGGUGGUGUUUUGGGUGAUGGUUCUUGAGCCUGUCACCCCAAACCAAAGCGAAACACAGACUUGGUACUGAAAACACUUCGUAUUCCCAAAGCUGUGUGCCAGGUUAUAUGAAACCUUCCCUCUCUUUGUUAUGUAAAGUAUGAUAUGCUAGUCACAUUUAUUCUGUUUUUAUUCAUAUUUAAUGUAAUUAAAGAUGGUCCCACACAAA